AUGUCAAAGGGAAGUGCACAUCUUAUAAUUCCAGUGUCGGACCAUUACACUGGCCGUGUCACAUGGCGCGGGGGUAGUUACUACUACCCAAAGAUUAAGGCUAAAUUUGAAGAAUUUAACCUAUUGGACAGGGUGAGGGAAUCCCCUUUCAAAAAAAAUUUCGAGAGAGCGCCCAUACAAUUUUCUGGAGCAUUUUUUCAUCAGUUGAUGCUUCACAAAAUAAAAUCUGACAAGCCCGACGAGGUGCAUUUCUAUGUGGGAAGGAAGAGAUGUAGAUUUGGGAGGGUGGAGUUCGGCUUGGUCACCGGGUUAAACUUGUUGCCCGGUCCUACUGAGGAAGACAUCAAACAAAAUGGAAGCUCUGACCGGUUGAUUCAGGAAUAUUUCAACGGUAGUGCUUCGAUCACCUUCGGCCAACUGCGCAGAGUUUUUGAGAGCUGCACAGAAGCUGAUGAUGUUUACAAGUUGGGGAUGGCCUUGUUUGUUAUGGGUGUCCUCACUGGUAAGGAGGAGAAGACUGUCGUUCCUCCUUUUGUGAUAAGAAUGGUUGAUAACCUUCCAUUCUUCUACGAGUAUCCCUGGGGAAAGAUUUCUUACACCAAGCUGAUGGAAACUUGUAACAAGGAUUACUUGGAUGUGAAGAAUAAGAUGUUGAAAAGAUUGAGAAGGGAGUAA